AUGGAAUUCACCUCAAGGCCUCAAGAAAUCAGAGAGAAGCAACCAUAUUCAUAUUCUCCCAUAAACUCCCCCAGAAGCAAUGGCACCAACACAAACACAAAGACAAACACAAACAACAGUGUCUGCAGCAGCAACACCAACAACAACAACAAUAGCUCAGGGGUUCAAAUCCCCACAACCCCGAAGGUCACAACUCCCAGAUCUGACCCCAAUCCCUACCCAACAACCUUUGUCCAAGCAGACACCACAAACUUCAAACAUGUUGUCCAAAUGCUCACAGGCUCCUCUGAAACUGUAAGCCACCAAUCUUCCCCCAAACCAACCACAACCCAUCAUCACCAUCAUCCUCACAGCCAUCAAGAUCCAACCGUUUUGCCCUCCUCCAACAAAAGCUUCAACAUCCCACCAAUCAAAACAGCCCCUCCCAAAAAGCAAGGCUUCAAGCUCUAUGAGAGGAGGAGCACCAAUCUCAAAAACACCCUCAUGAUCAACACCUUGAUGCCCAAUUUUCCCCAUCAAGCAUCUGGGUUCUCGCCACGUCAUCAGGAGAUCCUGUCCCCGAGCUUGCUCGACUUCCCUUCCCUCACUCUCAGCCCAGUGACCCCGUUAAACGACGACCCGUUUGACAAGUCCUCUUCGUCGCCUUCUUUGGGGAAUUCUUCAUCGGAGGAAGAUAGAGCAAUUGCAGAGAAGGGGUUUUACUUGCACCCAUCUCCUAGAACGACGACAACUCCCAGAGACCCUGAACCCAGGCUUUUGCCUUUGUUUCCAGUCACUUCGCCCAGAGUUUCUGGGUCUUCUUCUUGA